AAGGCACCGAACCGCUAUACAGGGCGCGCAAGUGCCAGACGGCGCCAGAAAGAGGUCCCGGCGCCAGAAAAGCGCUCGCCCGAGCCAUUGGUCCCAGAGCCAGUUCCAACCCCGGGAUCGCCGCGGAACCCCGCGCAGAGUCUGCAGAAGUGCACAGCUUUAUCGACAGCGCUUGAAGCAUGGAGUCUCUUAGCGGGUACACCCACAGUGAUAUUGGCUACCGCAGCCUGGCAGUCGGCGAGGACAUCGAGGAAGUGAAUGAUGAGAAACUUACCAUGACCUCGCUGAUGGCAAGGGGAGGAGAGGACGAGGAGAAUACACGGUCCGAACCUGAGAACGGAGCAGAAGCGGAAAACAACGUUGGCACGGAAGGUUCCGUCCCCUCGGACGACCAAGACCGUGAGGGUGGCGGCGGCCACGAGCCGGAGCAACAGCAGGAGGAGCCGCCCCUGCCCGAGCCGGAGCAACAGCAGGAGGAGUCGCCCCUGCGCAAGCCGAAGCAAGAGCAGGAGGGGCCGCCCCAGGCAACCGUGGAGGGGCCACAGCCGGCGGAGGGGCCACAAACCGCUGAGGAGCCACAGCCCCCAGAGAGGAAACGCCGCCGCCGCACCGCGUUCACCCAGUUUCAGCUGCAGGAGCUGGAGAACUUUUUCGAUGAAGCUCAAUAUCCUGACCUUGUGGCGCGAGAGAGACUUGCAGCACGCCUGAAUUUGACUGAAGACAGAGUGCAGGUUUGGUUUCAGAACAGAAGAGCCAAGUGGAAACGAAAUCAGAGGGUGCUAAUGUUGAGAAACAUUGCUGCUGCUGCCCUGGCCCACCCUGCGGACAUGUUCUUGGGUAGGCCCUAUGAUGCUGCUCCUGCUCUGGAUCCUGCUUUCUGUGUUCAUCUGACGCCAGAAAUACCUAGACCACCUGUGCUGCCUGUGCCAUCUAUGCCACCCGGGCCACCCAUGGUCCCUAUGCAACCCGGGCCACCCAUGGCACCUAUGCCACCCGGGCCACCUAUGGCACCUGUGCCACCCGGGCUAUGCAUGGCGCCUAUGCCACCUGGGCCACACAUGGUGCCUGUGCCACCCGGGCCACCCAUGGCGCAUAUGCCACCCGGGCCACCCAUGGCGCAUAUGCCACCCGGGCCACCCAUGGCACAUAUGCCACCCGGGCCACCCAUGGUGCAUAUGCCACCCGGGCCACCCAUGGCGCCUAUGCCACCCGGGCCACCCAUGGCACCUGUGCCACCCGGGCCACCUAUGGCGCCUAUGCCACCCGGGCCACCCAUGGCACCUGUGCCACCCGGGCCACUUGUGGCGCCUAUGCCACCCAGGCCACAUGUGCCUCACACUGGCCUGGCUCCUGUACGCAUCACAUGGGCCCCUGUCAUCAACAGUUAUUAUGCAGGUCCCUUUUUCUAAAGUAAGGUCUUCAUGACAGUUUUUCCAAAGUUCUUUCCUGCCAGAUAGAAAUUGUGCACAGCACAGCAUCAAGUAAUUCGUUAGAUGCUUGUUAAAUGAAAUAGAUAGAUGAACAAAGUUAACUAAUGCCCUGUUAUUUUUGUAGGCCACAUAAUUGUAGUAUUUUCAAUAAAGAUGUGACUUAAUAGUA